UGAUUCCUCCUCGUCCUCGUACUCCUCAUUUCUUUGUCGCCAUCUCCAUUCCCUUUCCCUUUAAACCCAUUCCCUUUCAACAUCACAAUGAGCUGACACAUACAAACAUCCAUCAUCAUUAUUAUUUUACUCCGAACGAGUUGACACCGAUUCCACUCACUCAACCAUGAGCCGAUUCAGGCGUUUUGAGCUCAUAGAACAACCACCUUUCUUCCACUCCUGCUACUCUUUCCCUUCCUUCGUCCUCCAAGACUCACUCUCUCUCGACCUCGACCUCUUGCCACUUCCCAGCCACUUCGACGCUUUCGCAGAUCUGGUGCACGCGCCGUCGUUCGCUUACCGGCGCGUGGAGAGGCAUCUCGAGAAUGAGUUGCGUUUGCAGAGCCUCUCUGACCGUGUGGCGGAGCUGGAGUCGCGGUUCGACCGUGUGCUCGGCGGAGAUCGGAAGUACACGUGGACAGCGGAGAUCAAGGGAGCGGAGAAGAACGGGUUCGAUAGGAAGUACAAGUGGGUUGCGGAGGUCGCUGAGGAGGAAGAUAAGAAGAAGAAGAAGAAUAAGAAGAAGCAGGUGAAGGUGCUGAAGGAUAAGAGCGCGAGGUGGACUCUUCAGCUGGAGAAUGAGGAUGCUGAGGAAGAAGAGGAGAAGAAGAAGAAGUUGCUGAAGGGCGUUGCGAGGAACGUGAAAUGGACGGCUGAGAUCACGGGAAAAGGGGAGAACAGUGGGAGCUCGAGGAAGUACACUUUUCAGGUGCAGAGUGGGGAUGCUGAGAAGAAGGAGAAAAAGAACAAGGGAAAUGGGAAUGGAUUGCGUAUUGUGGAGAUUCAGGAGCCAAUUGGUCAUAGAGAUGUGGUUUUGAGACAGGCAUUUGCCAAGAGGUUUGGAGCUGUUCAAAAUGAGAGGGGCAAAAAGAAGGACCUGUCUCCUCAAGAUGCUGCCUUGUUGAUCCAGAUCAGCUUUAGAGCUUACUUGAUCCGUAGGUCAAAGGCUCUCCGUGCCCUUAGAGAACUGGCCAUUGCAAAGUCUAAAUUAAAGGAAAUCAGAGCCCAGUUCAAUAACUUUUCCUACCGACGUCAUGUAGCCCGUGAUGCGGAGGAACGGCAGCGGUUUUCUGAGAAAAUCAUUGUCUUGCUCCUCACUGUUGAUGCCAUUGAGGGAUCUGAUAUUAUGGUAAGAUCUGCGAAGAGGUCAAUGGUGGAUGAGCUGGAAGCAAUGCUUGAUGUGGUAGAUCCCCAGCCUGGUGGAAGAUCAGCAUCGCUCUACUUCAAAAGAAGGACAUUUGAUAUGCCUGAUGGAGUCAUCAGGAAGGAAAUAGAAGAAGGGGUUGCACAGGUUGUGCAAAUGCUUGAAGAAGCAGAGAAUAGUAGUGAAGCAUGACCGUGAGAUCAAGAAAGUAAUAUCUAUCUGUUUAUUUCGUGUUUUCCUUCUGCUGUUGUAGUUUGUUUGCAGAGACGUAUUUUAGUCUAAGAUUUCAAGACUUCUAAAUUAGGCUUUCCAUCCAAUGGUAUUUGUUUUGCUGAACUUUUGGCACUUUCUGAACGAAAAGAUUGGCUUGUGUUAGAGCUGUGUUAUUUAACUAACGACUCAGAACCUUGUUCAUUUGUACAUAGGUUAUGCGAUGCA